AUCAGUCAUGGCAAGACGGGCCUUGAAACUUGCCUCAUUGGCAGCAGCCACCACUGGUGUCUACCUGUACGGCAACAAGUUCCUGGAUCCCAAUGAUUUUGGGGUAGUUCGUGUGGGCCGGGCCAUUGCCACAACAGCAGUUAUUACCUAUGACUACCUCACCUCACUCCGGAGCGUCCCGUAUGGAUCGGAGGAGUAUGACGUCCUCAAGUCUCAGGUGCACUUGCGCUCUGCUGAGCGCCUCCGGGAACUGUGCUGUGCCAACCGAGGCACCUUCAUCAAAGUGGGGCAGCACCUGGGAGCGCUUGACUACCUGCUGCCUGAGGAGUACACCCGCACCCUCAAAGUGCUGCACAGCCAAGCCCCGCAGAGCACCAGGCAGGAGGUUGAGCAAGUCAUCCGCGAGGAUCUGGGCAAAGAGAUCAAAGAGCUCUUUGCGAGUUUUGAGGACACUCCCUUGGGAGCAGCAUCACUAGCCCAGGUACACAAGGCAGUGCUGCAGGAUGGAAGGACAGUGGCGGUGAAAGUCCAGCACCCAAAGGUCCAAGCUCAGAGCUCCAAGGAUAUUUUGCUGAUGGAGGUUCUCCUCUUGGUUGUGAAGCAGAUCUUUCCAGAUUUUGAGUUCAUGUGGCUGGUGGAAGAAGCUAAGAAGAAUCUGCCGUUGGAGCUGGAUUUCCUCAAUGAGGGCAGAAAUGCUGAGAAAGUAGCUCAUAUGCUCAAGGACUUUGACUUUCUAAAGGUGCCCAGGAUCUACUGGGAACUCUCGACAAGGCGUGUACUCCUCAUGGAGUUUAUGGAAGGGGGACAGGUGAAUGACAGGGCCUACAUGAAGAGGAAUGGCAUCGACGUCAAUGAGAUCUCUCGCAAUCUGGGGAAGCUCUACAGUGAAAUGAUCUUUGUGAAUGGCUUUGUCCACUGUGACCCGCACCCAGGCAACGUGCUAGUGAAGAAAUGCCCAGCCUCUGGCAAGGCCCAUAUUAUCCUCCUGGACCAUGGCCUCUACCAGGUGCUGAGUGAGUCAUUCCGCAUGGACUACUGUCGCCUUUGGCAGGCCCUCAUCAAGGCUGACAUGAAGAGGGUGCAGAAGUACAGCCGGCGGCUCGGGGCGGGGGAUUUGUACCCUCUCUUUGCCUGCAUGCUCACUGCCAGGUCCUGGGAGUCUGUCAACAGGGGCAUUGACCGGUCGCCGGUCUCAGCGAGCGAGGAUGUGGAAAUCCGGUCCAACGCUGCUGCUUACCUACCCCAGAUCACCCAGCUCCUCAACAAUGUCCCCCGCCAGAUGCUGCUGCUGCUGAAGACCAACGACUUGUUACGAGGGAUUGAGUCAGCCCUGCACACGCGGGCCAGUGCCAGCUCCUUCCUCAACAUGUCUCGCUGCUGCAUCAGAGCUGUCUCCACGUAUCAGAGGAGCAAGAAUCGCUCACUUUACAGAAGGGCCCAGAUCUCACUCACAGAAGCCCUGAGCCUGUGGCAGAUCAACUUGUAUGAGCUCUUCCUGUGGCUGAAGGGGUCCCGGCUGGGGAACUGGGUCGUUGCUCUCCUGAGCUGGAUGCACCAUUCCACGCACUGAUGUGAACUGGUGGGAGAGGCCUGAGGGCACGCUCUCUCCUGCUCUCCAUGGCACAUUUGCCUUUCUGACUGUUUCUGUCUAUUCCACGGGGUAUUUUGGGGUCUUGUUCCUUGUUACAUGCUGCACUGUCCCUGCCUGUUACAGCGUUAGCUUUCUCUGUGGCAGUGAGAGAUAGAGCUGGGUAUCAGGGCUCUGUGGUUUUAUGCUUUAGGAAAGGGAAGGGGGGAUAUGAUGUGCUGAGGAGGGCAGGACAUUCGAUGGCCUCUCUGUUCCCCUUCUGGACAGGACCCUAGUGACAAAUUCCAGAGGGACUGCAUAGGAGACAAAAAGCUUUCCUGAGUGUUUUUUGAAUCAUCCUAUGAAAUUUUAGAGAAUCACAGGCCCACCGAGAAUGCCCCAAAAUAUUUCACAGACCCUCGGAGAGAGGCAGUAAAUCCUUUUAAAAUCCGAUAGGGUUUGUAUUAGUAAUUACAGAGUCUCCUUAGUCUGAUUUCUGUUCAGGUGCACAGAGAGUUUCUUAAAGAGGAAUGUGAUCUAGCGUAGAGCUGGCACUAUUGGAUUCACUCCCAGUGCUAGGGCAAAAGGGAGCCUGAUAGUGAGAGCAGUGGGCUGGGAGCCUAACUUUCUGAGGUUCGUCUCCGGUCUUGUCAGCAAGUGCCUCUGUGGUUUUGGACUUUUCCUGGCCUGUUUCCUCACAAGUGAAAUGGAGGAAAGGACAGUGGUCCCGCCUCUUAUCCAAAAUUCAGGGAAGACAGGAGGAAUGCCAGGUUACUGCUCUGAAACUGCUGGUAAUGUACGUGUAUUGUACGGUGCUGCCACACAGCCAAAUAAAUGUGUUACAUCGAGGACCUUCAGGAGAGGAAUGCCUGGCUGUGUGCUCAGGGUGACACUUUGGCCUCUAACCUCACUCCCGUUUCCAUUUCUUUACUACUGAGCGAAGUCAGGCAGCGCUGUUAACUCUUUACAAGCCGAAUGAAAUGCCACCUCAGUCCUUCCUCUGCCCAAGAGGUUUGUUCCACGUCCGGGU